UUCAUUAUUUUGGCAAUGAGCCACUGUCCUGACCCAGAACAUCUGAACGCCCAUGACAUUUAGAUGGGUGUGGAUAAUUAGUUUCCGAGUUAUUGCCCGCUAUAUGGAUGUCAAAUAAGCAAUCCGAGAAUUAAACAGAGAACAGUCGGCACGCGACUACGAAGCACAAUCAAUCGGUCCAGAAUGCGGAGACAUAUUUUUAGGUUCUUCACCUUAUUAGUGCUAUUCGAUUUAAUAGAAUCACAAACCGAGUCUCAUGCUAAUAAUAAUCCAAAUUCAGAUGUUACUGCAGCAGAUGUCUCUAAUUCUGAUGGAGAUGUAACUUUACCAAAUGUAACUAUUCCUGAUGGGGAUGUACAUGAACCAGUUGUAGCUCAACCUCAUGGGAAUAUACCUGAACCAGAUUUAACUAAUACUAAUGGGGAUGUACCUGAACCAGAUGUAACUAAUCCUAAUCGGGAUGUAUCUGCACCAGAUGUAACAAAUCCUGAUGGCGAUGGAACUGCAGAAGAUGCAACUACAACAGAAACUGAACUACUUCCAGAGGAUGAAACUGAAUUCGCAGACAACAGAAUCGAUGAAAUUCCCACGUAUGUUCCCCCUGCUGAGAGAUUGCUGAAGAAACUCGCCGGGAGUUUAAAAAAUAUCGCUGGUCAAUCUGAUCCAGAGAAAAAUGGCACCAGAGUGGGAAAAAUUAUAUCAGGAAUUACGAAACCGAUCACAGGUUUUCUCAAACCAGUUGGAAAAACUCUUUCAAGAGGAAAAGAUUCCUCUGGAUUUGGAGACAUCCUCAAUGCAGUUAAAGACAAAUUCCAAGCUAUUUAUCCAGGAACGUUAUGGUGUGGAGCAGGAAAUAAAGCGAAAAGUGAUGAAGAAAUCGGUUUCUUUAAAGACACUGAUGUGUGUUGUAGAGAUCACGAUCAUUGUCGAUCUGCAAUUACUGCUGGUCGAUCAUCGGAAGGACUCCGUAAUGAUGGCAUAUUUACGAGAUCUCACUGCGACUGCGACAAUGAAUUUCAUGUCUGUUUGAAAAAAGCUAAUUCUUCAGUCUCUAAUAAAAUUGGAACGACUUAUUUCAAUAUUUUGAGACCUCAAUGUUUCAAGGAAGAUUAUCCAGCCACCUGCAUCAAAUAUGGACAUUUGCGAAUUUCUCGCAGUAAAUGUAAAGAAUACAAAAUGGAUCAAUCGAAGAAUAAGACAAUGCAGUGGUUUGAUAAUCCGGAUUUUUAAAUAAAAUUCUACAGUAGCAUGGUUUUCCCGAAAAAUAACAAUUUUGCUUUCAUGCUGCACCAACGCUGACUACUUUAGGAAAAUUAACGAUUUUUCGCCCGACAAAGGUACCAUAAUUUUCCUUCAGUAUGUAUUAUAAAAUCACGACUGUAUGAGGCUCUUCAUUUGGGGUGAUUGAUAGGGAGAUUGAUCAGCAACCUGGGUCGGACCAGUGUUACAGAACGAACGUGUUAUUUAAAGAAAUAACACGAGAAUUCCAGAUCAAACUAAAAAAAUCUGUACCUCCUUCCUCACAUUACUCCUUUCUUCGCAGAGUGAGUCAAGCCUACUCUGAAAGGAAAAGGGCUUAAUGGCAUAUAUGUAUAAGUUAUUUUUAAUCAUUUAUUUUCAUUGAUCAGUUUUAAGAUUUCGUAAUUUUCAACUAUAGUGAUUAUAAAGAGUGAUAUAAGAGAAUAAUGUAUAGAUUUUAAUAAAGUUGACUUUCCAUAAUAU